AUGGGUAAUCUUUCUAAAGAACGAGUCACAGAAUGCUUGCCGUUUAAUGUUACUGGAGUCGAUUUUGCCGGACCAAUACCCACAUAUUUAAAGAUAAGAGGCAAGCGACCAUAUAAAUCUUAUAUUGCUGUGUUUGUAUGCUUUGCAAGUAAAGCUGUGCAUUUGGAGGCUGUAACAGAAUUAUCUGCAGACGCAUUCAUAUCAGCGUUAAAACGAUUCGUUGGUCGUCGAGGUGUGCCUAUGAAGAUAUUUUGCGACAACGCAACAAAUUUCGUUGGUGCAGACAACAAGCUCAGAGAGUUCCGCAAUUUCUUUAAUAAACAAUGUACAAUUAAUACCAUCACGUCACAUUGCGCAAAUUUACGUAUUGACUUUUCCUUUAUACCGCCAAGGGCACCUCACUUCGGAGGUCUCUGGGAAGCUGCGGUAAAAAUUGCAAAAUCACACUUGUACAAAACCCUAUCAAAUGCUCGACUUACAUUCGAAGAACUGGCUACGGCUCUCGUCGAGAUCGAAGCUGUGAUGAAUUCCCGUCCACUUACAAGUAUAUCCACAGAUCCUAAUGACUUGUCAGUAUUAACACCAGGCGAAUUGCUAAUCGGCAAAAAACUAAAGCACAUACCGGAACCAGUGAUUACGUCACAGGAAAUUUCGUUGCUUGCUCGAUGGAAACGAAUUACUGCAGUAAAAUCUCAAUUUUGGCGUCGCUGGCAACAUGAAUAUUUAUGCACGUUACAAUCACGAAAUCGUUGGCAACAUUCAACUCGCAAUUUAAGGGUCGGUGACUUAGUAAUUAUUCAUGACGAUAACCUGCCACCUAUGAAAUGGCUUCUUGGUCGCAUCAUUCGCACGGUAACAGGAGCAGAUGGCAAGGUCAGAGUGGCAGAAGUUAAGACGCCUGAAACCACACUCACUCGACCCAUUGCGAAGCUGGCGUUAUUACCAAUAUUGAAUUCAGAUGAUUCAAUGGGGCCGGGAUGUUAA